AGAAGGAAACGAAGGUGGCUUAACAAAGCGAGCGAGUCAAGCAAACAAAUUACAAAUGGCAGAGUUAUUGUUAGGUGUAUCACAGUCCUCUCUUCUUCUUCUACAGCCCAAGCUUGGACUCUCCAACCGAGCUUCUGCACUCAGACACCGUAGCAACAUCAGCUAUCAAAGACUUGACAUUUCUUCCAAGAGGAUCGCGACUGUCGCCGGAGUAGUCUCAUCUGACUCCAAAUCCUCAACUAUACUCUCCAAGAGUGUUGACACCGUAAAAGACGGGAGCGAGAUCGUGCCCGAAAUUGGAGGCGGCGGCGGCGGUGGAGAGAAGUUUGGUAGCGGAGGAGGUGGUGGAGGAGGAGGAGGAGGUGAGGGUAAGAACGAAGGAGAAGGUGAAUCAAGUGACGAGAGUGAGAACAAAAAGAUGGGGAUGUCUAUGUCUCAGAAACUGACUUUGGGUUAUGCUGCACUUGUUGGAGUGGGUGGUCUUAUGGGCUAUUUGAAAAGCGGCAGCCAGAAGUCACUCUUGGCAGGAGGAGUGUCGGCCUCGCUGCUAUAUUAUGUUUAUACAGAGCUUCCCACAAAACCAGUUCUUGCUUCAUCCAUAGGGCUUGGCCUGUCUGCUGCGCUUUUGGUAGUGAUGGGUUCUCGUUUCAAAAAGUCAGGCAAGGUGUUUCCAGCAGGUGUUGUCUCUCUUGUGUCCCUCGUGAUGACAGGGGGUUACCUACAUGGCAUUAUGCGUAGUAUGCACUAAAAUGCAUAAAAUGUAAGUCAAACAAUAAUGUUAGUGAUGGAGUGCUGGCAUGCCUGUCCAUGUGGAAACUUGGUGAUUUUUUUUUUCUUUUUUCUUUUUUUGGGUAUGUAAAGCGUUUGAACGUGGAUUAGGUUUCAGGCUUUUCUUGAACUUUCACAAAUCUGUCUUGCUUCUGUGUUUGUAGUCGCUUAUUAUGGUUUUCAUGCCAGUAUCAGGCAGUAAGUUUUUUUUCUCUGAGGUCAUGGUUUGCUUUUUUGAUCUUUGGUCCCAUCCUAUCCCUUUGAUUUAAUCUGUUGUAUAACUUGACAUGGUUUUAAAAGGAAAGAAAUAACUUCUAGGAAUAGCUUUGGAGUGAAA